CGGAUGCGGACUGAUGUGCAAUCGUCUGCUUUGUCAAAGUCGAAAAGGAUGGAUUUUCUCUUCAUGGCGUUUAUAUAUACUUUAAUUUUUGUUACCCUAUCAUAUGUAGUUUUUUUUGGAAGUACUGACUUUCAUCGAACUGGUUUAGUAGGUUUUCUACGAAGAAAAUUGUUUUCAGUUUCCCAUUUGACGAAGUCUACUUUUGAAAAGUGCGUUCCAGCAGCUUUAACUGGCAUGAUAAGAAGUGCUACAACUUAUCUCUUGUUUAAAAGAAAUCCUUGUAUUCAGCUUCUUUAUGGCUUCCUUAUGAGUGGAGGGACUGCUAUCUACAGCUUCAAAGUCAUUCCUUACUUUGACAAAAUGAAUACAUUUAGCAUUGUUACAUAUAUUCUUAUAGCCAUCAAUGUGAUGCUGUUUUUGGUUUGUUGUACACAUGAUCCUGGUGUGAUAAAAGUGACAAAUCACACAGAGUACAUGAAUGACUAUAACCCUGAUGGUGUAUAUUACACAACACAAGAGUGUUCUACAUGCAAGUUUAUUAAGCCAGCAAGAUCAAAACAUUGCUCUCUAUGUGAUGUGUGUGUGAGUCGUUUUGACCAUCACUGCUCCUGGGUGAACAACUGCAUUGGAAAGAAAAACUACAAGUUCUUCUUGUGUUUCAUCAUAAGUACUGCAAUACUUUGCGUGUAUGGGACACUUGUGACGGCAGUUGUGUUUGGUUAUAUUGUGCUCUCAAAAGGCCUGAUCACCAUGAAUUAUGAGGCCUAUGAUGGAAAGCGUUAUCCUGUAGGAAUCAGAUUUUUAACCCAGUAUUUGCUGGUUCGGCAACCCUUGCUGGCAAUACUAUUCCUUGUUGUUUUGUUCUUUGGUGUGGCCAUGACAGGAUUCUCCUUUUUUCAUUUCUACCUUGUUCUUACAAAUCAGACCACGAAUGAAUUUUACAAACGUCAUUAUUAUGGUAAAUCCCACCCAAAGUUAUCUCGGCAGUCAAAAAUCGUCUCGUCUCAGACUGAGAAAACAAUGAUACGAACGACGAGACGAAGGACUUUAACCCGUAACAAAGAAACCUCGUCAAGAACUUCGACUAAUGAUGUAGUAGCUACAGAAAAAUUGCCAUCUCCGAGGACUAGUACACCAUAUUACAUUGGAAUUUGGAGAAAUAUUACAGAAGUAAUGCGCGUGUGAUUGAGGAAAAAAAGAAAGAUUUGGGAGAGAUUGUGAGAUGGAUUUUUUAGCGCUGCCAGGAGAGGGCGCAUUAAUGCAACUUGCAUGUGUUCAUUGUAGAUUUCUGCAGCGUUUACUUUCAUUUUGUUCGAUGAAAAAUUUAUUUUUGGACACUAAUAUUUUGAAGGAAAAGAAGUUUGAUCGAGGAAGUUUGGUAUUCUUAAUUGCAUUUCACUUCAUUAAAAAAAG